AUGAGGUUUAGAAAAAAAGAACGUUACGAACCAUGUUUUCCAAUUGAAAUGUGGUCAGUACACAGUCGAACUGUUAAUGAAAUGUCAAGAACAUCCAAUUCAGCAGAAGGUUGGCACAACAAAAUACAUCGUUUAUUACCAACACACCCUGGUAUACAUUCAUUUAUCUCCAAAAUUCAAAAAGAACAACAUGAGACUGAAGCAACAAUCGAAUCGUUGAUUUAA